AUUCAGUGGAGCUUCUGUCCAUUUGUUUCUGUAUUUGUUUUCGAUUUUUCGUUAGUUAGAUAGUUUUACCUACACGUUUGGCAUCCACCAAUUCGAAACGAAUGAUAAAAUGACGAACAUUAAAAAUUACUUUGAUAGUUAAAUCGUUAAAAGUGUUAAAUAGUAAAACAAUGGCGAAUACAAAGAUAUCUACUGUGAAAGAGGAUGAUCUCCUUGAAUGUUAUCUUUAUCCAAAAAUUUGUUACACGAAAUCAUCAGAAACGAUAACAGAGGAAAUACUUUUACAAGAAAUUACAAAAUUCAAUAAUGAAAUUGCACCAUACGUUCAAGAUUACAUUUGGCAUAGCGAUACUUUAAUUUUCCAUCCUCGAACAAAACAAGCAUUGAUACUAGAAAAACUUAUUGAGAAUUCGACAAGCAUUGAAGAAUCUGAUAUACUGCCUCACAUUUAUGUAUCUCUGCACUUUGACGAAGAUAUAAGUGACGAAUGGUUUGUAGUAUUUUUAAUAUUUAAACUUACACAGACUUUUGACGGAUUAAUCACAAAACUAGUAGAUUCCGAUGGUGAAUUUCUAUUAAUCGAAGCAGCAAAUGUUUUGCCUCCAUGGGCUAACCCUGAAACAUGUGAAAAUCAUACGUUUAUUCGUAAUGGAGAAUUGCAUAUUGUUCGUGAAAAAUAUAAAAGUUUAUCCGAUGUAUUAAAUAAUAUACAGGAAAGUCCAUACUUGUCCAAAGCAUCUGACAAAGUUCAAGAUGUUUUAAAGAAACGAAUUAGUAUUUAUCCAAAUGAGAUUAAAAAAAGGCAUCACAAAGCUAGAGUCUUUUUACCAGAGAAAGCAGUUUCAAUACUCCAUCAACAACCAGGACUAAUUGCACCAGCCAUUAGAUCUAUUUGUCAUUCGGAUCCACUUGAGAGAAAGGUCUGUCGUGCAAUGAGGUAUUUUCCCCCUGAACAGCGUAUCAUGGUUAAUUUAAAAAUGACUAAAUGCUUAUAUGCAAUGGCAAUUCACUGUCGAUAUACAGGAGACCCAAGAACAGGCUGGAACAUACCGCCGAUAACCUGUUCAAAGUAUAAUGCUCAUACGCUUGGUGUUAAAAUAGCAUGUGGUUUAGAAAUGUUAGUUGCUCGUGCUCAUGAAGAACGUAGAAGAAGAGUUAAAGAAACAAGUAAUGAUUCUGAGAAAUUAAAAGCAAAUGAAUAUGCUCUAAAUGCGUAUUUAACACGUUUAGAAACUAGUGGCUACUUUAGAAAUCUAUUGAAAGGCAGUCAAGAUUAUGAAAAACUUCUAAACGCAGCAAAAGACUAUUAUUUACAACAUUUAAAUUCAUUUAAUUCCGCAAUAAAUGUUACUAAAAGUAAAAGUGAUGCUGAGAAAGUCUUAGAAGCAUGGGAAAGCAUACAAUCCAAUGACAUUGAACUGCAUGCUCAAGAUGAAGGUACAUUAAGCCCUGCAGAUAGCGAUAGUUGGUUAAACGUGGAUCCGGUACAGUUACAAUUGUAUUUAGACGAACAGUGGGGAAAUGUUAAAAAUAAAAAACAGGGACAAGAACCAUUGACUCUCAAAGAGAAAGUACAAUCGUUCUUCAACCAAUCUAGCAAUAUUGAUGGUGUACAAUUUUUAGAAGACCAUUCUAUGGAAGCUGACAUAAUGCAUGAUCCAGAAGAUAAUGGAAAAGUUGAAUUCGACGCGGAUAUAUUUGAUUGCACAUUACGAGGUAUAUUAGAUUUAGCUGUUCCAGGAAGCGAAGGAGAAUUCGAAGGGAGUUCAGAAGGAUCCUUGGGUGAAGAUGACGAAUAUACAGGUGGCGAAAUGGAUAAGUAUAUGCGAUUGUUGAAUUCGGAAUUACAAUCUGAAAUGGUAAAAGAUGAAAAUUUUGAAACGCAUAAAAGAUCUGACAUGAUAGAAGAAAAUUUAAUAAAGAGUAUCAAAGAAGAAGCAGGUGGUUCAGGACCAAUUGGAAAUAUGAUAGGUGGGUCCGUUCGACGGCUUAUGCAUUUACAAUUACAAUCGCCGACCACGGUACCACCUGAUUUACAAAGUUAAUAACAUUGAUUAUAAAGAAUAAUUUUUAUUAAAAUGCAUUAACAACUGUCGAUAGACCGGAACUCUUGAAGAAUUAUUGUAUGUAAAACUCCAAGUACUUAGUAUUUUAGGGAAAGAAAAAAAUAUACAUAUGUAUAUAUGCGAUACAUUAAUAAUUUAAACAUUCCUUUAUAAGCAACUAAACGAUAUUAGAUUUAUUAUAUGCCACUUUGCAUUACUUUUAGAAAUAACAAUGAUAAAAAAGUUAAUAUUCUGUUGGUACGCACAAUUCUUUUUUACAUUAACGUUUAGUUCAUAUAAGUAUAUUUAAUCAGGAUUCUGAAUAUUACAAUAAUGUAUAAGUACAUAUACUUACUUAAGUAUGUACAUAAAAAUGAAUAAAAUAUCUCACGAUA